GCCUUCCACAGUUCAUGUGUGACGUCACUUGUACGCGACAGAAAAAGCCGCUCUCCGCGUGGUUCACGCACAGGUAACACGCACGCGGUAACAUGGCGGUGUGCUUCAGUGGGUCCUGGUUCGUCUUCACGUGCGGCUCCAAACUGGGAGCAGCUGACACGGCACGGAACAGAGAUCCGUUCGUGUUCGACUGCAGCACGGCGGAGAAGAAGCCGAGGAGCACGAAGGAUGAUAACAGUGAUGGCGGCGCCUCAGAGGAAACAGGAAGUGACAGAAUCCUCGCUUUCGCUGCGUCUCCGUCUGGAAAGCUGGUGGCUCUGACGGACGACAACAAGAGGCUGGUCCUGUUCGAGUGUGAGCCGGCGUGGAGGUGCAUCAGCAUCAGGUGUGUGGUGAGGAGGUGCACCUCUCUGCUGUUCAGCCGGGCCGAGGACGAGCUGCUGGUGGCGGACAAAUCCGGAGACGUUUACUCGUUCUCGGUGGCGGAGCCGCAGGCGGAGGGCGAGCUGAAGAUGGGUCACCUGUCCAUGCUGCUGGCCGUGACGAUGUCACCUGACGACAGGUACGUGAUCACGGCCGACCGCGACGAGAAGAUCAGAGUGAGUCACCUGAGAUCUCCGUACAACAUCCAGUCCUUCUGCCUGGGACACCAGCAGUUUGUCAGCGCGCUGCUCGUCCCGUCCGGUCGUCCACGCUGGCUGCUGUCUGGAUCAGGGGACGGCACUGUGAAGCUGUGGGAGUACGAGUCGGGCCGUAAGCUGCAGAGCUGUGAGCUGGAGGAGUCCGACACACAGAAGAAACCCACCGUGUGCAGAAUCAUCAGCUCGCCAGACGCUCGUCACGUAGCCGUGCAGUGUGAAAGAGUGUCCACGCUUCAGUUCUUCAGCGUGGACGAGGACAGCGAGGACAAGCUGCUUCCACACAGCAGGCUCGUGCUGCCACACUGUCCCCUGGACGUGACCUUUGACCCCGCGGGUCGGCUGUGGGCGCUGAUGGACUGUGACGACGAGCCAAUCAGAGUCUACUCACACAGACGAGACCGCUGGGAGCCCGACGCCGAGAGUCCAGAACUGAACCGGGUCUGUGAAACCUUCAGGCCUCACUGGGACACACUGGAAGCCUCGGCGAGGAGCAGCAGCCGCUUCGAUCACCUGUACAAGGUGACGUACGACAACGUGGCGGCGUACCUGCAGAAGAAGCAGCAGAGGCUGGAGGAACAGCAGCUGAAGAGGACCAAGGCGCAGGAAGCUAACGGCAGCAAGAAGGCCAAGAAGUCCGAAACAUCGUGAACGACGACGAACGAGUCGAGCGACACUUUGAGUUCAAUGAUUUUUAUGUUUGAUCAGAUUUAUGAUUUUUAUUAAAUAAACUGUAAAUAAACACG